AGAAUGGACAGAGAAAAUUGCUCCUCAUUGACUGAAUUCAUUUUCCUAGGAAUUACCAACAAUCCUAGGAUGAAAGUGGCUCUAUUUACUAUUUUCUUUUUUGUUUAUGUCACUGAUCUCCUGGCAAAUCUGGGGAUGAUCCUCUUAAUCAGGAUGGACUCCCAGCUUCACACACCCAUGUACUUUUUCCUCAGCCACCUCUCGAUCUGUGACCUCUGCUACUCCUCUGCGAUUGGACCCAAGAUGUUGGUGGAUCUCAUAGCUAAGAAUAAAUCAAUUUCUCUUUUUGGCUGUGCUGUGCAGUUUCUGACCUUCUGUAUCUUUGUAGAUUCUGAGUGCAUGCUGCUAGCAGUCAUGGCCUUUGACCGGUACAAGGCCAUCAGCAACCCCCUGCUGUACACAGCCCACAUGUCCAGCAGGCUCUGCUCCCUGAUGGUGGCUGGGGUUUACCUACUGGCAAUUGCAGAUGCUUCCAUACAUACAACUUUAGCAUUCCGCUUGUGUUUCUGUGGGUCCAAUGAGAUAAAUCAUUUCUUUUGUGAUUUACCUCCACUUUUUCUCCUCUCUUGUUCUGACAUACAAAUCAAUGAGCUGAUGUUAUUCACCGUUUUUGGAUUCAUUGAACUGGGCACCAUCUCCGGAGUUCUGGUCUCCUAUUGCUAUAUCAUCUUGUCAGUCAUAAAGAUCCGCUCUGCUGAGGGGAGGCUCAAAGCUUUCUCCAUCUGUACCUUCCACUUGACUGCGGUUGCCAUUUUCCAGGGAACACUGUUGUUCAUGAAUUUCAGGCCAAGUUCUUCAUACUCCCUAGAUCAGGACAAAAUGACCUCACUGUUUUACACCCUUGUGAUUCCCAUGCUGAACCCUCUCAUUUAUAGUCUUAGGAACAAGGAUGUGAAAGAAGCACUGGAAAAACUGAGAAAUAAAAGAUGA